CAACAUGUUUGCAGCGCGUGUUCCUGUGGGCGUCCGCCUCCUCCUUCUGCCCCUUCUCCUGUGCUGCGUGAAGGGCGCCCUGCCGUUCCCCCACGGCGUCGCCUCGCAGAUGGACGCCGCCCUGCCGCCCCUCUACCGCCUGGCGCUGCCCAGGGACCUCGUGGCCGAGGAGGCUCUUCCUGCCAGAGAUCCCGUCCCUGAGCUGAGAAACGAUGACCUGCUGCGCCUCCAGACGUUGCUGCGCCAGCUGCCCAGCUUCUACCCGGUCGCGGCGGCCGCCGCCCCCCCCUCCUCCGCCGAGUUCAUCGGGUCGCCCUCCAAACGCCAGGGAAUGAGCGGAAAGGUAAGUGGCAGCGAGGCUCUGCUAAGCCCCGCCCCCCGGCACGCCACUCCCCCCGAUUUUGUGAAUGACUUUGCAGGCUCUGUUCCCUUUGCAUGGCGCGCCACUCACUCCCGCGAUGCAAAUAGAAAGAGAAAAGAAAGAAAUAAAAUAAAAUAAA